AGGGCCUGUCAUCCACGAUGCAACGAGCAUGGAACGUGCCGAGAUGGCAAAUGCGAAUGCAGCCCCGGCUGGAAUGGAGAGCACUGCACCAUUGAGGGAUGCCCGGGUCUGUGCAAUGGCAAUGGAGCAUGCACGCUGGACCUUAACGGCUGGAACUGCGUCUGCCGGCUAGGAUGGAGAGGAGCAGGGUGCGACACGUCCAUGGAGACGUCCUGCGGUGAUGGGAAGGACAACGACGCCGAUGGCUUAGUAGACUGCAUGGAUCCAGACUGCUGCUUGCAACAGUUCUGUCACUCCAACGCCCUCUGCCUGGGUUCUCCAGACCCCCUGGACAUCAUCCAAGAGACACAAGCUCCUGUCUCCCAGCAAAACCUGCAGUCCUUCUAUCACCGAAUAAAGUUCUUGGUU